UCUUCACGUCGGGGCUCGGACCUCAGUCUCCGCCUCCCGGUAUUGGGCUUUCGGUCCCCAGGUCCCCACAGUUGGGCAAACAGAUCUAGCAGGCCCACGGGCGCUCGCUCCUCUGGGAGCCGCCCCAGCGUUUGGAAACUACCCAGCGUGUUCCCUCCCGCCGCCCCCGGGCCGGGACUUGAAGGAAGUGCUAGGCAGCGGGGCGAGGAGCCCAGUCCCGGGUGCUGAUGCGCCGGACUUGAGCGCUGACCGUCCACCCCACGGGCCGCGGAGCGCCCUGGCCGGGUCGGGCCGAGUCCGAGCGCCUGGAGCGCGCCGGACGCUGCAGGAGGCCCGACCGUGAUCGUGACCUCACGGGGAGGGGCCAGCGCGGCGGGCCGGGCGCGGAGCCGAGCACCCAGAGCGCAGCCCCGAGCCGAGCCGACCGAGCGGCGCAGGAGAGCGCACGCCUGGCCCCGAUGGAGCGGUACAAAGCCCAGGGGUGUUGCUGUCUGGUGGUACAGAGAAGGAUCCUGCAGGUCUCUGCCUCCCUGGAUCAGCUGCUGACAGAGCUAGAUGACUUCCUCAAGAUCCUGGACCAGGAGAACCUGAGUAGCACAGCUGUGGUGAAGAAGAGUGGCCUGGCUGAGCUCCUCCGGCUUUAUACCAAGAGCAGCAGUUCUGAUGAGGAGUACAUUUACAUGAACAAAGUCACAGUCAACAAGCAACAGAAUGCUGAAUCCCAGGACAAAGUGCCCAAGGAGCAGGGCCCACUGACUAACGGGGAGCCUGGUCAGCACUCCUCAGCCCCUCAGAAGAGCCUUCCAGACCUUCCACCACCCAAGAUGGUUCUGGAACGGAAACAGCUUGGGGUGCCAAAGCUUGAGUCUCCGGAGGGUUACUAUGAAGAGGCUGAGCCGUACGAUACAUCUGUCAAUGGUCAUUCUGGUGGAUCGCUCCCCAGAUGGGCGCAGGUGCCUGAAGGAGUCAUUUAUGCCACCAUCACCUUGGAGGAUGGAGAGGCUGUGAGCAGCUCUUACGAGUCCUAUGAUGAAGAAGAGAGCAGCAAGGGCAAGGCAGCCCCCUACCAGUGGCCCUCCCCGGAGGCCAGCAUCGAGCUGAUGCGUGAUGCCCGCAUCUGUGCUUUCCUGUGGCGCAAGAAGUGGCUGGGCCAGUGGGCCAAGCAGCUCUGUGUGAUCAGAGACACCAGGCUCCUGUGCUACAAAUCCUCCAAGGACCACAGUCCUCAGCUGGAUGUGAACUUGCUGGGCAGCAGCGUCAUCCACAAGGAGAAGCAAGUGCGGAAGCAGGAGCACAAGCUGAAGAUCACGCCCAUGAAUGCGGACGUGAUCGUGCUGGGCCUGCAGAGCCGGGACCAAGCCGAGCAGUGGCUGCGGGUCAUCCAGGAGGUGAGUGGUGUGCCUUCCGAUGGGCCAUCUGAGGGAAACCAGUACACCCCAGAAGCCCAGCGCCUGAACUGUCAGAAACCUGACAUAGCUGAAAAAUACCUGUCAGCCUCUGAGUAUGGGAGCUCUGUGGAUGGCCACCCUGAGGUCCCAGAGACCAAAGACGUCAAGAAGAAGUGUUCUGCUGGUCUCAAGCUGAGCAACCUGAUGAACCUUGGCAGGAAGAAAUCCACCUCCCUGGAACCCACAGAGAGGCCUCUAGAGACCUCUAGUUACCUGAACGUGCUGGUGAACAGCCAGUGGAAGUCACGCUGGUGCUCUGUCAGGGGCAGUCACCUCCAUUUCUACCAGGACCGGAACCGUAGCAAGGUGGCCCAGCAGCCCCUCAGCCUGGUGGGCUGUGAAGUGGUCCCAGACCCAAGCCCCGACCACCUCUACUCCUUCCGCAUCGUCCACAAUGGGGAGGAGCUGGCCAAGCUGGAGGCCAAGUCUUCUGAAGAGAUGGGCCACUGGCUAGGCCUCCUACUGUCUGAGUCAGGCUCCAAGACAGACCCAGAAGAGUUCACCUACGAUUAUGUGGAUGCUGAGCGGGUUUCCUGUAUUGUUAACGCAGCCAAAAACUCUUUCUUGCUGAUGCAAAGAAAGUUCUCAGAGCCCAACACUUACAUCGAUGGCCUGCCCAGCCAGACCCAACUGGAGGAGCUCUACGAUGACGUGGAGAUGUCAGAGCUGACACCAGCGGCAGAACCCACCGAGGAAACCACCCACUCCGUAGAGGCCCUCAGCGAGAAUGAGCCGGACAGACUGUACCUGGACCUUACACCAGUCAAGCCCUUCCUGCAUGGCUCCGACAGUGUGCAGGCCCGGGCCUCUUCCCCUGUGUCACCACAGCUGGACGACAUGGCUAAGGUCCUGCCUGCAGACCCUGGCCCAGCCCUGGAGGACCUCUGUGCAGUGUCUCCAGAGAGCCAGGAGGAGGAGAGGCAGCUGGCCAGCCAGGAGCCAGAGGAGCCAGCCCUGAGGAUCACCACUGUCAAACUACAGGCCGAGCAGCAAAAGAUCUCCUUCCCACCAAACUGCCCCGACAUCAUGGCUGCUGUCCCGGCCAGCACCAGCCCUCCUGUGAAGGACAGGAUGCGGGUGACCAGUGCAGAAAUCAAACUUGGCAAGAAUCGGACAGAGGCCGAGGUGAAGCGGUACACAGAGGAGAAGGAAAGACUGGAGAAGAUGAAGGAACAGAUCAGAGGGCACCUGGCUCAGCUCCGGAAAGAGAAGCGGGAGCUGAAGGAAACCCUGCUGAAAUGCACAGACAAGAGCAUCCUGGCCCUCCUGGAGCAAAAGCUGAGGGAAAUUGACGAGGAGUGCCGGAUCAAGGAGAGCAGGCGAGUGGACCUUGAGCUGAACAUCAUGGAGGUGAAGGACAACCUGAAGAAGGCUGAGGCUGGGCCUGUGACACUGGGCACCACAGUGGACACUACGCACUUGGACAACAUGACCCCCCGUCCUAAAGCAGCCACCACCUCCACCCUAGACAGCACCCCGGUCAACUCUGCCACUGCGCUCAAAAACAGGCCUCUUUCAGUCAUGGUCACAGGCAAAGGCACUGUGCUUCAGAAAGCCAAGGAAUGGGAGAAGAAAGGAGCCAGUUAGGAAACAAGUGUCAUCUAAAGACUAUCAUUGUGGACCUUGAUGACAAUCCUGCUUCAGUAAAGUCGUCUUUAAAACAGCACCUCUAAAGAAGGGUGAGUCUGUUCAGAAGAAAAAAGCAAGGACUGAGGUAUUCUGAAUGGAGAGCUUUGGCUACAAGGAGGCUCUGUUCCUUUGCUGAGCCAGAGGAAACACUACAACCACCACACAAAAGGCUUUUUCGGAGACCCUUCAUCUACUGGCUGUAAACAAGACAUUGUUUGUAUUUAGGGAUGUUCUGUUUCUUUUUUGAGGUUUUCAUCAAUUGGUUUAUCAAGAUGUUUAGUGAAAAGCCUCUGAUGUUUAGACUUUGGUGAAAGAGAGUAUCAGGGCUCUGGAGCUUUGAUGACUGAGAAGAACUGAACUCCUGUCAUCUCUUACCCAAUACCUAGCAGUAUUGGGGGUUAAACCAUCCUUGAUUUCCAGUUCAUUUUCUCCACUAUGUAUUACUGAUGAUUUUAAACAACAGUGGCAGUACCUGUGUAAAACCACCUGCAACCUGAGUUUGUAGAAACAAUACCAGGAGAAAUAUUUGGGACCAAGAGAAAUACUGAUCCAAAUAAGAUUUUUUCUUCCUACUCCAAGGCAGGCCUCAGUGACCUGCCUUUAAAAUGGUAAGUGAUGCUACAUUAUGUAAACAAAACUUAUUUAAAAUUAUGCCAAAUCACUGAAAAAUGUUUUGAGAUUUAACUUUUACAUAACUAUAGAAAAAAAUUACCUUGUGUUUACAAAUACAGUCCUGUGGUCAGGCCAUUUUUAAGUGAAGAGUUAUUUAAUACUAUGUGCUUAUAGUUCUUGUUUUGCAAUUCUAAUUUCUAGUACCCUUGCAAGAAAAAAGUGAAUUUUAGGGCUGGGGAUUUAGCUGGGGAUUAAGCGCCUGCCUCGCAAGAGCUUGGUCGUGAGUUUAAUCCCUGGUACCAAAAAAAGUGAAUUUUGGUGAGGGUGGCCUCCCUCUUCUCUGACAGUGCUAUUCUAUAUGUUGUCCUGUCUCUUGCAGUGGCAUUUUUUAUUAACACAGAUUGAAACAUUUCAGGAGGUUCUGAAUCAGAGUUCUCAAACAGUGGUUCCUAAGAGCUAAAAGUCUUUUUUACUCAUAUUGUCUUUCUAAUCCCAGGGCAUUUAUCUCCUAUGUCAUAAAUACUUGGUGAUCUUUACCAAGUGGUUUGAUUUUUUUAAAAAUAAAAUGUUCUUUGUA